AUGGACUGGCAGUUAGUUCCUCCCGAGUCUGUGUACCGUCUAUUUGCAACCAACACUACUCGCUACUCCGACGCGCGCCUGGAUAGCCUCGACACAAUUAUCAAAGAGCUUGCGAACGCGGGAGCGGCGUCUUCAUAUCUCACUCGUCUCAAGCGCACCCGGAACAAUGCUUCCUUCCUAUGCGGCUUUCCUCCAGAGAUCAUCUGCGACAUCAUCUCAUUCGCCAAGGUCGACUUCGGAUGGCCCAAGCUCAAUGCUGUAGCUCGAUGCGACUGGUAUGACGACGACGAAGACAACGAGGAGGAGGAGACCUCGCGUGCUCAGAACAGCGUGGACUUGGGCUGGAUCGAACUUACGCACAUGUGUUCCUAUUGGAGAGAGCUCGCGAUAAACACACCUUCUCUUUGGACGGAUCCGCGCGACUAUUUCGCGCUUCCGCCGCUUUUCUCGCGGUUGAUCCGAGAGAGGGCGCGAAAUCUCCCUUCGCGUUUGGAGCUGUCAGCGUCCAGUCUUCGACGUCUCAAGAGCGUCGGACACAAGAUUCUAUUGCCUGCGCGCAACGUUCCCGUCGCGGAGUUACUCCUGCUGUCGUUCUCCGUCGGCAACUUCCGCUUCCUCGAGCGCGGGUACUUCCGCGUUGGCUCAUUCCGGUCUCUACGCCAGUUGACCGUCAGCGUACUCCUCGGGGCGGACGAAUGCCCCGUAUUACUUCCCACCGUCCUCACAUCGAAUUCGUACAUGACCCGCGUUGAACUCCACAAUUGUCUGCCUUCGCGCUGGGACGCUCCCAUGUUCGGCCCUUACCUCAUUCGUCUCUCACUCUCGUAUACGGGGGAUCCGGAGGUUCCUCAUCUCAUGCCCUCGACGUUGGAGUUCUCCCGAAUCCUGGCCUCUGCCACUGCGCUCGAGUUCUUUACCAUCGACGGCAUUCACCUCCAGGGUCCCACCUAUCCCUAUCCGCCAAUGAUAUUGUCUUCGGAGUUGCGUGGGAUGGACGUCGUCAAUUGGCGAAACGCUUCCCAACACCGCGACGCUUUGGUCUUCUUGACAAAUGUGGUCUUCCGGCGUCCAAACAUACGCAUGGAGGUUUCCCUCGGAGUUCUAGAUGGCGGUCUGAUUGACAUGGCCUCGUCCGGCGCCGAUGCAAAGCGUAUUCAAUCCCUCAUUCGCUCGGCCCUCGAGAACAUAUACAGGCAGCAGUUCAGCCCGCCGAGACACAUCAUCCUCGGUCACAAGUCAUUCCUCACGCAUGACUCCGAGACCCAGCAAUCGCCACAACGCGCUCGGCCCAUCUCCAUGACACAGUAUAUGUACGCGGACGUACCGGGAGUAUCCUCUCUCCUGACCUUCGACUUCGAUCUCCCGUCUAUCGCCGACACGUCGUUCUUGUACGAGGGUGCUGUACCUAUUCCUCUCCACGAGCUUCGCUCGAUCUCGCUCAACUGCUCGGGAGCAUGGGCCCAUCUCGAGAGCGACUUAUGGUGGCACGCGAUGAGAGACGCCGAACACGUACGCGACAUCGCGCUAUACUUUAGUGAUUGCGCGAAGCUACUGCCCUUGCUCAAAACAGUGUCGACGGACGGUACCUUGGCCUUCGCGGCGUUCCCUGCCCUCAAGAUACUGCACAUCCACCUCGAGCGAUCCUUUAUCACCAACCGCCUGAGGGAGAGGGAUGCGGUAAGCACGGGAGCAGCCGCGGCGCUCCAGGCUAUAGUCCGCGCUAGGAAGGACCACAGUGUCGAUUCAAGAUUGGAGGCGCUGUUCGUCGAUAAUGCGUUGAGGGGGUGGGCGAUAUGGAGCACCCUUGCGAUUGACAUUCCAGUCAUUUUCCAAGGCUCCUCCUCAUAUCUUCAAGCUCUUUGGGGGAGCUAG